GAUCGAACUGUAGAUAUUAUUGAAUGUGCUAUAGGAUUAUUGAACAUUGUCCGUUAAAAAAAUCUAGUUGUGUUGUAUAGUGAUAAUUGUCGUGCCUUAUUAAUUUAUUUUAGAGUUUAAAAAAAGGAGAUUACAUAGUCGAUUAGCUUAGUUGGCUUUUUUAGUUAAAAUGGAGGGCUUAUAUAAAAUAAAUUUGGUACCGUGCGAUCUGAGUACAGAAGAAACGAUACUGCAAAUAGCAGACACCCUUGACAAUCUGAACGGGAUAGUCGAAGAUGUGUUCGCGCGUCUGAAUCUCAGAAUAGAACAGAAUAAAGAAAAAGCGCUGAAGCUUUCGCAGAGAGUAGAAUCAUCAAAAGCUAAGGUUGAGAAAUUGACGGGCAUUCAGACGGCGAUCAAAGUGUUCUCGAGCGCCAAGUAUCCCGCGUCAAUCACGCAUGAACACUACCAAUCCAUAUUUGACCUAAACGGAUACAAGCAUAAGCCUCAAAAGGUUACUCUGAGCAGGAAAUCUCAGGGGAUGGCCAAUGACAAACAAGUCCAGGAAAGGCUCCACUUCUUUCACGUCAAAGUGGGUAAGCCUAAAAACCCUGAACCGAAACCGAAUUUCGAUUUGAAAAGCGUAGUCGAUACUUUAUCUACCGUGGGCGAGUUACUCGUCUUCAACACAGAUGAGAGCCCCUACCUCGGCAGUAAAACCAAGGCACCGGCAUACGUGCCGAAUGUUGCCAGUGCCGAUAAUAGCAGUUGGUUGGAAGAAGCGCCUUCCUCUAUCAUGAAAAGAGAGCACUUGAAGAGAGAAAUCGAUGAAUACAUGUACGCGCCCGGAAUGGGGAUGGUCCCUGAACUGGAAAUGCCAACAGAUCUACCGGAUCUACCGGGCAUAGCCGGCGAUGUCCAAUUCUCGAUAGCCCAAGACGGCUCCAUAGCACCUUCCGCCGUUACCUCCCCUGUGGCGCCCGUUAAAGAAAUAAUAAAUCCUGAUCUACCAGAUCUAGCUGAUCUACCGGAUGUGAAAGAUUUGCCUGACAUAAAGGAUCUGCCGGAUAUAAAAGAUUUACCUGAUGUGGAUCUACCGGAUGUGUCAGUGCCUAAUGUGCCGGCGGUGAAGUUGGGUGCGAGAGACUUGCCGCCUCCGCCUCCGCCGCCUCCUCCGCCGCCGCCGAUGGAGCCGCUGACACCGAAGGAGACUCCUAGCAAACGGUCUGAAGCCAGAGAAGCCCCUGCUCCAACUGGGGACGCCCACUCGAAUCUGAUGGCCGCUAUACGACAGGCCGGAGGCGCUGGUCGAGCCAAGCUGCGGCCGGCUGCUUCUGCCACUACUUCCAAGUUGAUGUUGUUACAGCCUGCAUCCGGCGGCGACCUGAUGGCCGACCUCCACGCCAAGCUCUCCAUGCGCCGACGCGGCAUCUCCGGCGCCGAGCGGCACGGGGGCUCCGUGCUCCACACGCUGGCCAGCGUCAUCCCUGAGCCCGGCGAGUCCACGCCGCAGGCCUCUUCCAGUGGUGACGAAUGGGAGUAAGACAACAAUAGUUACAGCUCCAGGGGGGUUUGCUCGUGUACACGCUGGCUAGAAACUGCUGCGCAAGCGAUAUGAAAGUUCUGUCGUCGAAAUCCAACGAGUCAACACAGCAGGCCUCCAGCGGUCAUGAGUGGAACGAGCGAUACUAUAGCUUUGUCACCAAAUCCUUACCUCUUAUGCUUGGCUUAUGCUACACUACGGGUAGUAAGGAUCAAUGGCACCCGCAGUUCUAUCAAAAUUAAUUUACCUAAGAAUUUAUGUGACACACUCGAAUAGGUUCAAUCAUCGUAGGUUGAAUCUUUCAGUCUUUCUGGUUUAGUGUUUUCCAAUUGUCAAUAACAACUUCAGAUCGAUAGCUGCCAUGAGAUUUGUACUACGAUGUAGAGUCUGACAAUGUUGUCACAGGCAUUCAGCGCCUCUGGCGCCUACUUUUAUAAACGGCGUGGUUCAUUUAAAGUUUUUUGACACGUUCGCUCCCAAAUUGCGACACCAUGCGUGCGUUUUGAUGAGUUGCGUAUUUCUAAACACUCCGGCGCUGAAAUUAAAUCUGCAUAUCAUUCUUCAAAAAAGAUUCUGUCAGUUAUUUACUUAUUUAUCAAAAGUCGUAAUUUUUUUACGUCGUAAUCAAAAAUCAAAUCGUUGCAAAUCAAAAGUCGUAAUAUUUGAUACGUUAUCAUUGAAUUUCACGCGUGUUCGUGGCAUUAAUACAGGCAAUUUUAAGUGAAAUGAUAAAUUACACAUUUAACUAUUUAUCUAUCAUAACGCUUCAAGGAAAACGAUUAAAUUGUCUGUUUAUUAUAGACCUAAUAUGGCCCAUAUAAGUAUAAAUCAACCCGCAAGAAUAAGUAUUUGUAUUGUUUAUGUAAAAAACCAUUAAAAGUGGUCAAUAGGAGCUUUGGAAAGCAAAAUCUAUCUCUGGUGCUAAUAUCUCAUGCAAAAUUGAUCUUGUAUCAUCUACUAAAUCAAAUUAUUUUGAUUGUGUGUGGAUUGUGUAUUCAGUAUUUUUUUUGGAUUCGCGGAAAAUAGCGGUCAUAUACAUCGGUCAUAUACAAAUAUUGUAUACAAUUGAAUUCUAAAUAGUAUUUGCGUAAACCUCACACAGGCCCGAGGCCACGCAUCAGCUCUGCAAACAUUCAAAAUUUCCGCUGCGCUUCUGUAGUUGCCCGGUGGAUACCCGGCUAUUAGAAGUUCUAACCAAUUUCUCCGCUUAAUUUACUUUAUAGGAUUUUCCUGCUGUCAUACAUAGUCUACUCUCAUAGUUACGCGAGUGCGAGUAAUUAAGUUUUAAGCGCCAGUGUAACGUGACCCCGAUAUCCUUGACAACUUUAAGAGCACCGAGGAAUGACACACCACAUGUUUUUACUAUCGGAUACCAGUAUGCCUUGUUACGUAUCUCGGGGACCCGCAUACACUCGCUUAUUUACUUCGUAGAUCACUAAGAUGACGCAGAAAUCUAUCUUGUGACGUGUAAAGAUUACAAUCAAUCAUGAGACAUAAUUGAAUCAAGUGAUUGCUAGUACUUGUUACAUAUUCAAAGGACCUCUCCAUCGCGUUCUUUGUAACACGAAGACUAACUGAAACUACAUAUUUAUUUCCACUCCGUUCCACGUCAGUACAUUCGCAAAAGCGACUAUAAUUUUAUGAAUUGACGCAAGCUUUAUUGAGUAUUUUUCAUGAUAUACUGAGAAACGUGUGUAACGUAAUGAGCUGGUUCAAUAACUAAUUUUUUUUUUUCAAGAUAUAAAUAAGGUCGCUGGGAUAAACGUCGUGAAAUAGAAUUUCCAAUAGUUAGAACCAUUUCCCGUCAGAUUUACUGGUUUAUGAUGUUUGUAUCGCCUUUAUGGUUUAUUAUUUAAAUAAUGUUUAAAUAUUAGUAAGUUCAUAAUGUUCAUAUUGAGACUAUAAGGACGUUGCUAACAUACAAAACCAAUCGUUGAUCAAUCGUGUGAAUGAAUCAUCGGGUAUAAGGUCAAAUAAUUUGAUUUCUGACCCACACCUUUGCACAGUGACAAAGUGACUGAGUGACAAUAACAGUAUAAGAUUCAUAGUGGCUUUCAUAUUGAUUGCCACUGUGACGGCGUACGAAGUGUCACAAAAAUCAAAUUCCGACUGUACGUUAAUACGGUAGAGAAAGUGGAUAUAUUUGAAGCUAUCCAAUAUAGCUAUUACUAUCAAAAAGAGCUUUGUGUUAUCAAUGUUCUCAUACAAGCCCUCACAUUCCUGAUUUGGUACCGGUGCAGCGCAGUGGUGACGUCUAUUUACUCAUGAACGCGUCACUGACCAAACAUCGCGCUCGUGCGUGUUCCUUCUAACUGAUACCGUGUAUUUGUUUUUGUUUAAAGCUAAAUUUAAACGGGUGGAGUGGAGGGUUAUUCUGGCAUCCAUCGGGAACGUUUUUUUUAGACUUCAGAGUUGAGUUCAACCCGUAAAAACGAAUUAACUAAAAAUAAACUCCCAACGAUAAUCCAAAACUCAUCAUCGCGCUCAGUUGGUUGCCAGUUUUUUCACCAAACCCUAUAAAACAAGCGUGUAGGGAUCGCGGUGCUAUUAUUAUUACCAAAUUAAUUUCUCCAGGGCUCUCCAAACUACAGCCUGUGAGCCGAAACAAUUUAGUCCACGAAAGGAGACAAAACAAUUAAUUCCGGCCCUCGAAAAACUACUACCUAACUCUAUAAAAACCGGCCUGCAAAAACGAAGUCUUGUUGUGGCCCUUACGUCAUAAAGUUUGGAAACCCCUGCUUAACUUUAACUAGACCAGAGCCAGUUCUGCUCUACUUCGGUCUUAUUACAUAUUUCCUAUCUGUAUCUACCCUGUUUUGCCGUAACAGGGCAGGAUUUAAGUUUGACUUAGAGAUUUGUAACUACUGUGUUAAUUUAAUAUCGGAGAUCUACUUAUACAGCGUUAUCAGAGCGAUCGGGAACAACUGGUUUCCCGUAUAAAAGGUGGCAACGACGCGAGUUUUACAUCACCAUAACGCAGGAUUAAGGAACGUAUAAGAGUACAAUUUUAUACAAACGUUUUUGAGACUACGCCACUCGACAGCCGCGCAUGUUUGCGUGCUCUUAGUUGCUCGUUUCACGAAGCUAUACACGUUACAAUUUUAUAAUUCUGAUCGGGUAGCAGCAAAAAAAACUUUUGUUGAAUCGGCUCCAUCCGUGGUCAGCGUUGCCGUUUAGCUUGUAAAAUUGUCGCCCGUGUAUGUACAUGAAAAAUCUUCAGAGAAAAUGCAGUCUCAUACCACUUUAGAAAUGUGUAUCAAACCAUAACUUAAGUGCGGGGUCGCCAAAAAAAUACAGCAUUUAAAGACGGCGUCAAAAUUGACCAAUUACUACGUUCUUUAUUUACACCACGUUCGUAUUAACUCGUUACUCUGUUUCGUUCGUUUACUCCCUUGCCUUUCCCCGCGUUAAUGCAAGUAUAAUGGCGUGGCGUAAGCUUCCUCGAAGGUGCGCGCGCACAUAAAUCCGCCCAGCUGAUAUCGGAAAAGGCUCCGCAUUAGAAUAAUCACAUUUCUCACUAAGGGGCUAUCUCUUUUUUAAUUCCGAGAAGGGACGCGAACUAUCGCGGCGGCGGACGAUUAGUGAUUACAUACAAAAACCAAGGUUUUUUUUUAGUUAAAGACUCGUAAACAACAUAGACUUGACGUUGAGCCAAUUGCCUCAAUACGUAAGUACAGCUUAAAGUGCUACAAGGCAAGAGUGAAAAAGCUGAUAGUUACAUUUUCGGCUCGGCAAUUUCCAUCCUAUCGGGGGAAAUUAGAAUGAGUCGCAAUUGAUAUUCGGUUUGUAAUUCAAAUAACUCUUUAGUGCCUUAUCGCUGUUGUGAGCGUUGUGGAUGGUGCGUUCCCAAAUCGGUAAAAAUAUACAAUAUUAUGUAUACUUCGCCAUUUAUUCUGCUGAAUAAAUGUAUGAGUUUCUAUUUCAUUAGUUAGCUAGCAAAUGGAAGUUGUCAAACCGCUAUCGAAUUACAAGGAUACCUCGCUCAGUGACGCCAUUUGCAACAGUGGUAUUGACGCUGCUGUGGAGAGAUUGGCAGUCUAUUUUAUACAUGUCUUUUUUUUAUAAAUUUACUACACAGCUCAAUACGUAUUUUGUCCACGAUUAUAGUUAAUGUGAAUGUUUUAAGUGCCUACGCUAAUUCCGAGUAAGGUUAACGAGGGGAUCUGAGAAGUUGACUUCAUUAUAAUUUAUACAUACAUAAUUGCGAAAAUAUACUUUGUCUUCGCAAUUUUUAUCGGUGCGCUAAUUCUUACUUUUAUUUUAUUAAUUCCAACAAAACAUACUUUACAAAAAUUGCCAUUAUAUAGAUAUAUAUAUAUAAAUUUGAAGAACCAUCUUAAUGUAGGUAUAAAUAGAUCUGCUAAAUUAAUUUUGAAUAUACCUAUAUUUUGUACUUGUACUUGGAUGGAAAUACUGUAGAAGGGAAUGAAUCCUUUAAUACAUAGGUUGUUUGUUUACCAGUAAGCUGUGAGCUGUGAGUCAUAAACAUGUAUGUAUACAUAUUUUCAUCUUGUUUAAAUAACAUAAAUAAAGGUAGACAAUGUAUAGGUAUAUGUUAAGUUUAUGACUGACAACCACUAUGUUUAUGUACGAGUAUACUCGUAUGUAUGACGGGUUUAAUACUACGACGGCUAUAAACCCUAUAAUUACGCCGGCCGCGUUGCUUGCAUUUUGUUAUAAAUAUAUAAUUAUAAAUUAAUUUAAUCAAUUAUUAAAGUCCGGUGCAGUCUAUUUACAAAGUAGUUCACGGUCUUAAGUUAAAGCCUUAUAAAUCUAUUUCUAAGUUUCUAACAAACUUAUUGACAUUAGAUUCUUUAUUUAUCACUACUUAUAUUAGGAAAUAUCUAGGAAUGACGCUAUAGGUACAUACUCUUAACUUUAUCAUUAACUUUACCACAAGAUUUGGGUUAGGUAUUUAGGUAAAUGAAUUACUUGAAUAUGGCCACCCACUUAUGCAAAUGAUAUUUUUAAAUUUUCGCCAAAACGGACGCUGUGCCGCUUUUCGGAAUCCAAGGGAAACCAGUUAAAUAACAGUUACAUCCUGCUGGGAUUCCGAGAAAUCGAUGUUAGAUAUAAUACGCGAAUCGUACACAUCUUUAUAUGCUGACAUAACAGUUCUUUAAGUAUUUAAACCACAGAAUUCGCAAUGAGGUUAAAAACCCAUAGAUUAUAUAAAAUACCAGUUGUCAGGAACCGAAAAGUCUGUGCUUUAUGUUUCUUUGGAUUUGGCAUACUCGUAUCCUCGUAUCGUAUCUAACGACAUGUUUUUAUAUAAACGAUUGCAGGGCCAUUUGCGUUAUUUCAUCAAUAAUGCUCAUGGAGUGAAGAUCCGCUAAAAUAUAAUAACAAUAGUUCGAGAAACCUGUAAUGGUAAACUACUCGUAGAAUUAGUAGAAUUGAUAAAGUAAACUUUAGUUUGGAUUUAGAGGUUAAUUUUCGUGUAGCAAGCGAGCACGGAUUAAUGAUCAAACAGGAAAUCUAAUUACAAUAAUAACCUGUAGUCCUGUACCUAUAAGCAUACAAACUAACUCCAUUUUGUACUUUGUCACAGUCAGUUGGGAGACACUCCUCCUUUCGGGCAAACUUGGCUCCAUUCGGCUCAGCAUUGCUCUGAGCAAUUAUUAGGGUUGGCACAGCUUGGAGUCCCUUUGCGUGCACGACCACAGAUAAGAUAAUGACUUAAAUUUUGACGACCCUAAAUAGCCGAAAGGGAUCGUGCCAUACAUUAGAAAGAGACGACAUCAUGAUUCGACCCUGAUGUCAAACUUCGGGAUUGUAGGAAGUGUCCUUUCUGUACGGUAGUACUUUUACUUAUUCUGUGUCACAAUGACAAUAGUGUAGUGUCAUACAGUUACAUUUGACGGUGUAUGUAUGUAACAUAGUAUUUGAAAACAAAAUUAACAAUGAAAUAGUUUUCAAAUAUAGUAUCGGCACGUAGUUACGAGUCUUUACUUGAGUUUAUUAUGGUAAUUUGCUAUUUUGCUCUACGUUCUAAAACUAGAAAACAUCAAAGAAUUUAAAACUGCAUUGUAUACCUUUUUAGCCUCUAAGGCAUAUUUAUACUAUUCAAGAAUAUCUCAAUGAUAUAAAUUUGUAAUAGAGUAGGUAUAAGUAAUUUAAGCAUGCGAUACACAUGACAUUUUAAAUAUUUGCAUGGUUUUGUGACAAAACAUGUAGUUCUUUUUUAAAUAUGCAUGGCCUUCUGUACCAUGUUUUAGCAAACAAAUAUCUGAUUCUGA